AUGGUCCGCGGAGAGAGAGAGAGAGAGAGAGAGAGAGAGAGAGAGAGAGAGAGAGAGAGAGAGAGAGAGAGAGAGAGAGAGAGAGAGACAGAGAGAGAGAGAGAGAGAGACAGAGAGGAGAGAGAGAGAGAGAGAGAGAGAGAGAGAGAGAGAGAGAGAGAGAGAGAGAGAGAGAGAGAGCCCAAGACAGAAUACUCUUAA